AACAUCUGUUCAGUAACACUGUAAACCAUGUAUACUCAGAACUCCUGAUAAAGGGGACUGACGAACAGCUGUUUCAGAGAGACUUGGAUAAAAUAGCCACUGUCUGUUUUACCAGACCUAGCCAGAGUGAUCCUUAGAACGAUCAAUAUUUGGAGGUUUGUUUUUAUUUUUUUUAAUUGCUUGAGAGAAAAGGACAAAGAGAGACGUGUUAACAGGAAUGUAUUUUUAAAUUGUCAAUAACAAAAAUAACAAGGAGUGAGCAAGCCCAUGGAAGCAGAUAGUUACUAAUACAUUGAGAUCAAUCACCAAGUAAAAGAAAGCCAGUUUCUUCCAGAAGCCCAUCUAGAGCUCAUCUGAUGGAAGCAGAGGCUGGCAAGAAUGCAAAGCAAGGCACUGGGAAGACGGCCAACAAAGCCAUUCGAAUUGCCUUGGUCAUAUUCAUCACUGGAACUGCUGUGCUUGGGACCCUUCUUUUUUUGGUUAGCCAAGGUUUUUUAAGUCUUCAAGCUAAACAGAAAUACUGCUUGACACCGGAAUGCAUUGAAGUUGCGGCUGCCAUCUUGAGCAAAAUAAAUCAGUCUGUGGAUCCCUGUGAAAACUUUUUCCAGUUUGCCUGUGAUGGCUGGAUAAAUGAUAAUCCAAUUCCAGAAGAUAUGCCAAGCUAUGGAAUCUAUCCUUGGCUGAGACGCAAUGUUGAUCUUAAACUAAAGGCACUUCUAGAGAAAUCAAUAAGCAGAAGGAGGGACACUGAAGCCAUCCAGAAAGCCAAAAUUCUUUAUGCAUCUUGCAUGAAUGAGAAGGCAAUAGAAAAAGCUGAUGCUAAGCCACUGUUACACAUAUUGAGACAUUCUCCUUUCCGCUGGCCUGUGUUAGAAUCUAACAUUGGUCCAGAAGGUGUGUGGUCAGAAAGGAAGUUCAGCCUCCUUCAGACCCUUGCGGUGUUCCGUGGACAAUAUAGCAACUCUGUGUUCAUCCGUUUGUAUGUUUCACCUGAUGACAGAGAAUCCAACAAACACAUAUUGAAGCUAGAUCAAGCAACUCUCUCCUUAGCAGUGAGGGAAGAUUACCUUGAUAACAGCACAGAAGCUAAAGCUUACCGAGAUGCCCUUUACAAGUUCAUGGUGGAUACUGCAGUGCUUUUGGGUGCUAAUGUCUCUCGAGCUGAACAUGAUAUGAAAUCAGUGCUUAGGCUGGAAAUUAAAAUAGCUGAGAUAAUGAUUCCACAUGAAAAUCGGACCAGUGAAGCUAUGUACAAUAAAAUGAAUAUUUCUGAACUGAGUGCCAUGAUACCACAGUUUGACUGGCUCAGUUAUAUCCAAAAAGUCAUAGAUACGAAACUCUACCCUGAACUUAAGGAUAUAGGCCCAUCAGAAAACGUGGUAGUCCGAGUACCACAGUAUUUCAAAGAUCUCUUCAGGAUACUAGGAUCUGAGAGGAAAAAGACUAUUGCCAACUAUUUGGUGUGGAGAAUGGUUUAUUCGAGAAUAUUAAAUCUCAGCAGACGUUUUCAAUAUAGGUGGCUUGAAUUCUCUCGGGUAAUCCAAGGGACUACAAUUUUAUUACCUCAGUGGGACAAAUGUGUAAACUUCAUUGAAAGUGCCCUUCCUUAUGUUGCGGGAAAAAUGUUUGUGGAUGUUCACUUCCAGGAAGAUAAAAAGGAAAUGAUGGAGGAACUGAUUGAAGGAGUUCGCUGGGCCUUCAUUGACAUGCUGGAUAAGGAAAAUGAGUGGAUGGAUGCAGGGACAAAGAGGAGAGCCAGAGAAAAGGCAAGAGCUGUUCUGGCAAAGGUUGGCUACCCCAAGUUUAUAAUGAAUGAUACUUAUGUUAAUGAAGACCUCAAAGCAAUGAAAUUUUCAGAAAGUGAUUAUUUCGGCAAUGUUUUACAAACUCGCAAGUAUUUAGCACAAUCUGAUUUCUUCUGGCUGAGAAAAGAAGUUCCAAAAACAGAGUGGUUCACCAAUCCAACAACAGUCAAUGCCUUUUAUAGUGCAUCUACCAACCAGAUUAGAUUUCCAGCAGGGGAACUCCAAAAGCCUUUCUUCUGGGGAACAGCAUAUCCACGGUCUCUGAGUUAUGGUGCUAUAGGAGUCAUUGUUGGCCAUGAGUUUACCCACGGAUUUGAUAACAAUGGCAAAAAGUAUGAUAAGAAUGGAAACCUUGAUCCUUGGUGGUCUAAUGACUCUGAAGAAAAGUUUAAAGAGAAAACAAAAUGUAUGGUUAGCCAAUAUAGCAGCUAUUAUUGGAAGAAAGCUGGAUUAAAUGUGAAAGGGAAGAGGACAUUGGGAGAAAAUAUUGCAGAUAAUGGAGGUUUGCGAGAAGCUUUUAGGGCUUAUAGGAAAUGGAUAAAUGAUAAAAGGCAAGGAGUGGAAGAGGACCUCCUACCAGGCAUUAAAUUCACCAAUAAUCAACUCUUCUUUCUGAGUUAUGCUCAUGUGAGGUGCAACUCCUACAGACCAGAAGCUGCAAGAGAACAAAUCCAGAUUGGUGCUCAUAGCCCUCCACAGUUUAGAGUUAAUGGUGCAGUGAGUAACUUUGAGGAAUUCCAGAAAGCUUUUAACUGUCCAGUCAAUUCAACAAUGAACAGAGGUACAGAGUCCUGCCGGCUUUGGUAGCUGAUCCUUUUCUUCAUCUCAUCCUGACAAGAUUCUAUUAUGAGAAAAUCUCCAAGACUGAAUUAUAAACUACCACUACUUCUGACAUGUUUCUCUACAGAUAUGGCUAUAUUUUGAUUGCAUCUUCCUAAUUUCAGUACGUUGCAAAACUAAUCACCAUGUGAUCAGAAUUUUAGGACUUUUCAAAUUAAAAUUAAAAAAAAGAGAAGAAUAAGUUUCUUAAGGAAAAAAAUACAUCUUCCCUCAAACCCUGCUGUGUUUGUAGAACUAUGAUGGAUCACUGCCAUUAUCCAUGCUACUUCUUCAUUUGUUGUUAGCAACAGCUAAGCGGAAUAGCACCAUUUUAAUCUUAUACUUUGCAGGAGGGCCAAGACAAAUGUGCAUAUAAAAAAUUCACUUUUUCAAACCUGCAAGUCCCCAGGAUGAAGACACCUUUCUUGUGGCUCAGGAGGUCUUGCUAUAUAAUGUAGGAUACAAUAUUUGAUGAUAUCUAGUCAUCAUUUACAUAGUAUUUCCUAAACAAUUGCUUAAAAUAUGGAAGAGACUUUGAGGAUUUUAUUUUCAAAUCAAACUUUGGCCUUCUAUUUUGGAUACUCUCAAGAUAGAACAAGAAUUCAUUAGAGUGACCACCAUGUUAGAAUCAAUAUUAACUAAAUACAAAAGUUCCUUCUCCUUGGUUUAAAAUUUUAAAAAAAGAAAAAGGAAAACAUUUAGAUUUUAUAACUUUUUGGGUAAAAUUGGAUACCCAUGACCCAGAAAGGGAAGUUUGUCCAAAGACAUGGAAGCAGUAGAAAAAUCCAAAGGACAUGAGGUUUCCAAAUGAUUAUUUAGUUCCUCACCUUACAAACUCAAGGUUCUACUGAUGUAAUAAGAAAUGUCCUAGCUCUAAAAGCUUUGUUCUGUUUAGUUUCUGUCCAUCAAGUUAUUCUUAGAUAUGUUUCUCUCCAAUUCUAGGGUUACUUUCUAAAGACAGAAGAUGUCAAGAAAAUGUUUCCAAGUUCUCAUUUAGAAAUUUAGUUUUCAUUGAUUUUACAACUCAGAAUCACGAGGACCUUGCUUUUUUUAGGGAAAGCCAAAAUCCCUUAUAUUUUUGUUAUUAUAAUCUCACUUCAUUUUCCUUUCAUCAUUAAAAGCAAAGACAUUAAACAUAGGAUGAUUCCUUGAUUCCUGUGCAUUUUAGAUAUAUUGAUUUAUUUAAAAGUUUUUUGUAAAAAUCCACAGGGAAAGAAAGAUAUAAUAUAAAAAUCAGUUCCUUGCAGAGAAACUUAGAGUAAAAAACAAACACACUAUUUUGAAAUCUCAGCAUAUUUAAAUUGGGAUUUUAGCUUUAUGCAGAUUCUCUUUUAGCUGAAUCAUUUUUCCUUACCCCUGUAACAGCAAGGAUAAGACCUUAACCAUCUUAAAGUAGUCAAUUCACUUGUCAUAUUCUACUUACCAUUCAUUUUCUACCUUAAUUCAUUGGAUGCAGAAUGAGAGAGAAUAGGGUGAAAGGAGAAAAGAAAUAUUAAGAUCUCAAAAGAACUAUCAAAUCUUGAGAAUAAUUACUGGUAACAGUUUUGUUUGAUUCAUCUGAAGCAUUGUUAAUGGUUCUGAAAUGAUAAACUGAAUAUGUUUCAGUGUUAAUCUCUGGUAGAGACAUCCAUGCAAUUCUCAUUGACAUAUACUAUCAAUUAUUAUGUGUUUUUUGUUUUUUUUGAAACUGGCCAGUUAUGUGACUGGAUUUGAGGAAUGAUUGCCAUCAGAAGAAAAACCUUGACAUCAAAUUGGGCAAGGAUUGGUGCAUUUUCCUAUUUGAUUUUGCAAAAAGCUGUCUUGCUGAAAGAGGGUUAUCUUUCGGUAAUUUUAUCGGUCAUGAAUUCCAGUGUGACACUAGUUUAUUUUACUCUAUUAUGAAACUGAUUUGGACUUAAGGUGCUGAUGAAUUCAUUUUCUUCAUCUGCUUCUGUUUAUGUACUUGAAUUACUAUUUGUUUUGUCACUGAACUUGGACAUUUAAUACUGUUUUAGGAAUGCAUUGAGAGUGCAUUUGAAUUGUGUUUUUCUCCAGGAUGCCUUUGAUUCAACUCUAAAUGAAUGUCCUCCUGCAGGUCAGAGAAAAUAUUUGAAUGAAAACAGUGGGAAUAAAAUAUAUCAUUUCAUCUGCUUGUUAUAAGAUGCUGAUGAUCACUUAUCUAGAAAGAUAGAGGCCAGAGGCUUACACAGUUUUUGAAAUGUAUUUUUCUUUAUAAAUUUUUGUUGUGUAGUAUACAAUAUUGCAAGAUAUUUAUUUUGGCUAGUCCUAAGUAGGACAAUUUCCCCAAUAACAUAGGAUUUAAUACUAGCUCAUGUUUGUGAAUCCUUCAUAGUUUCCUUAUACCAAUGCUGUGAGGUAGAAUUAAAAUUAUUAUCUCUGCCUAGUAGACAAGAAAGAUGAAGAAACUGAGGACAAAGAAAUUACAGUACUUGUCUGAGGACAUAUAACCAGUUGGUAGAGCUGACCUGAACAUGAGUUUUUUGAUUCCAAGGUUCUUUAGAUGAUGCCAUCCAUUUCUUAUAUAUGAUGUUUAUAUAUAUACAUAUAUAUGUACAU